AUGAAGCUAAUUAGUGUUUGCGGAUUAAUUUUUGCACUACUUAGCUUAGUUUCGGGAGGAAAUCAUGAACAUGGUGGUGAAGGUUCCAGUUAUAGUGUUGUAACUAAGCAUGAGGAACCAGAACAUCAUCACAGCUAUGGUCAUGAUGAUCAUAGCAGUUAUGUUGUGGAUGGUGGUCAUGAUAGUGGACAUGAUGGUGGUCAUGAUGAUGGACAUGAAGCUCAUCAUUAUCCUAAAUAUGAAUUUAAUUAUGGUGUUGAAGAUAAACAUCAUGGAGAUAAAAAGAGUCAAUGGGAGCAUCGUGAUGGCGGUCAUGUUAAAGGUAGUUACUCAUUAAAAGAAGCUGAUGGUACAACUAGAAUUGUGGAGUACACCGCUGAUGACCAUAAAGGAUUUAAUGCUAAGGUUCAUAAAAUUGGCCAUGCGCACGCAGGUCACGAGGGUGGUCACGAUGAUGGUCAAGAACACGGUCAUGGACAUGGUGGUCAUGGCAGCAGUUACAUUAAUGUGAAGCAACAUCAUGACAAGCAUUAA